AUGAACAAGUUGAACAGGGGACAGCGCAAGCUUCCUGAGCAUAUUCAUUUGCAAGAACUUGAAUAUCAACUUCGCAAGUCAACUGGCGCGCGAAUGGAGCGCGGCAUUGCGUGGACUCCGACCGCCGUGGCCGCUGCGAGCUCCUGGAGAAACAGACGGAGUUCCAAGCGCUUCGAAGGCUUCACCGGCCUCACCUGGUUGGCCUGCUUGGCCUUCUUGGCAUGUUUGGGACACUUGCGGCAAAAUCAGCCAUACGGUGCCCGCUUGGCAUUCCUGACUCCUCAGGGCGAACCUGCCGAAGUAUGUCAGCCUUCGAAAGGAGGCCCUGGACUUCGUGUAAGAGUUGGCAUCAGCUACGACUUUGAGGACACUGUUGCGUUGGACUCGGUGAGUCUCAACCCUGCCCUGGAGUUUGUGUGCGGCAGGGGAGACGUGGCUCCACAGAUCGAGGCAGCGGUGCAGCAGAUGAAGCUUGGGGAACGGCGUUCUUUGAUACUGGACAGCUCAAACCCGUUGUUUGGGUUUUACGAUGAAAGCCGGCGGAUCUCCGUUCAGGCAUCUGAGUUCCCUACAGCUGAGAUUGGUACGGUCAUAUCGCUGGAAGGAUAUGGCACAGACAUGGGACUUGUGGUAGAUCGCGACGCUGCCACCCUGCUGGUUGACCAAAACCAUCCGCUAGCGGGAAAGAGUGUCAAUGUCACCUUAACCCUGCUAAGAUGUGAGAGAGUCCCGCCCCGGGAUGUUCGUGUGAGGUCUUUGCAAGCCGGCGAUGGUCAGACUUUCCCUGCCUAUGGUGAUUGGUUGACCCUUCACUAUGAGCUUUCACUAGCAGGAUGCACCAAAGUUAUUGACACCACAAGAGAUACGGGUCCGUUGGAGUACCACCUGGGCUUUGAGCAAGCGCUGCUAGUCCCUGGCUUUGAAAUCGGAGUUCAGCAAAUGUCGCUAGGGGAAGUCGCCUCAAUUCAUGUUCCAUCUCAGUUGGCCUAUGGAAGCAAAAGCUCAGACAAGGGCAUCCCAGCAAAUGCAGAUCUGGUUUACAAAGUGGAACUUCUGAGCUUGAGGUCAGAGCUGGAUCUCGCUUUCUAA